CUCCGCCGCUCUUACCUCCAGCCAGUCGGCGUUGACUCGUCGCAGCAGGAAGAUCACCUCUCCCCUCUUCAGGUUCAACUCCGCCUUGCCGUUGCCGCGAAAGUCAAACAUCGCCUGGGAGACGCACGCACGCACACGCACACACACACACACACACACACACACACACACACAAGUCAGUGAGAGGAGAGAGGAGAGAGAGCAGAGAGACGGACACACUCGACACAGAGACAGAAGAGACGGUGAGAGCGGACAGCUGACAAGAUGACGAUGACAGAUCUGUUGAAAGCGGAGGAGAUCAAGAACGCUCUUGAGGCCUUCGCAGCGGAAACAUUCGAUCACAGAAAGUUCUUCGAGAUGGUCGGGAUGAGGGCCAUGUCGGCCGAAAACGUCAAGAAGGUCUUCCAGGUCCUGGACGUGGACGGCAGCGGGUUCAUCGAGGAGGAAGAGCUCAAGUUUGUGCUGAAGGGCUUUUCCCAGGAGGGCAGAGAUCUGACUGAGGCAGAGACGAAAGAGUUCCUCAAGGCAGCAGACAAAGACGGAGACGGCAAGAUCGGCAUCGACGAGUUUGAGGCCAUGGUGCAUGAGUAGGGGGAAUAGCUCAACACCAUCCCCCCGCCCCCCACACCACCUCUUCUACUUCCUCCUCCUCCUCCUUCAUCCCUGCAUUCAUAUCUUUGUACCUGCCACCGUCAAAAGUCCUCUCGCCUCUCUCUGGACCCCCCGAGCACGGAGUCAGACCGGACCUGCUCGCCGCACAACACGACCAGAGGAUAAACGGGCCGACGGGGGAGUUCCCACGAGGAGAACAAACACAGGCAGAAUAGGCACCGGUUUCAUUUUCAAGUUUUUUUAAAUAUAUAUAUAUAUAUAUAUAUAUAUAUAUAUAUAUAUAUAUAUAUAUAUAUAUAUAUUUAUUCGCUCAUGCCGUGUGGGUUUGAUUUCAUUAGGAUAGUUGGUGGUCUCAAAACAGGUGGUGCUAGUGCUGUAGAUGGCGUAGAUGUUAUACAGACUUCUUAAAUCCUUCCUCUGUGUAUUUCAGGUUGUGCAUCUCGUCUGAUUGGUUUUUACUUCUAGAUGUUCACAUAACCGUGCACUCUCCUCCCACCCUUCCUCCUCUUCCUCCUCCUCAUCCACCUUCCCUCCCCUCACCUCACCUCACCUCCUCCUCACUCCCUGCCUCCGAUCAGAUGAUGUAGUAAGUAAAAUGAUAUAUAAGACGAGCUGUGAAGAGGAAAAAAAAAGAUCUGAGUGAGAAAUGAUAAUAAUGAUAAUAAUGAUAAAUAAAAAAAGGUUGAGUAAUAACUGUCUCUUUACUUGGUGUUGCACAAAACAUGAAACUCACUAAAUAUACUGCAGUGAACAAUGCAAAGCAUGUCAAUCACAGAACAGUGUCUACAGAAUAUUAAAUACUGCGUUAUGAAUCAAAUAUGGACCAAUUCAGAUGUCAAACAAGUUUUUUGUGUUUAGAUCUGUCAUCAUGGGUCUGUCCCCAUUUCCCCCUCAGUGCUACGCCCGUGCUGCCGCUAUCCAGGGGCAAGAAAAAUAAAAUUAAAAAGUGA